GCCAUGGGUGUCCUCGGGGCGCUGCUCGGGGGGGUUUUGGUGGCCGUGGCCGUCGCUGAGCCCGCCGCCCCGCACGUCCUGGCCGAGCUGCUCUCGUGCCAGCCGGACGCUCCGUCGCUGUCGCUCUCGGUGACCCUGGACGGGCGCGGCCUGGCCUGGUUCCAGUUCCCGCGCUCCCGCUGGGUGCCCGCGGGCCCCGAGCUGCCGGCCUGGCCCGAGGGGCUGGAGGCGCCCGCGGAGCUCCGGCCGGAGGCGCAAAUGUGCCAGGAGAUCCUGGGCAUCCUGGGCAAGCAGCUCGGCGGGCUGCUGCCGCAGGCCAGGGGAAUCCCGGUGCUCUCGGUGUUCCCGGCGCGUCCCCCAUCCCCAGAUGGUGCCACCACCCUGGUGUGCGUGGUGGAGAACAUCUUCCCGCCGUCCGCGUCCAUCUCGUGGACGGUGGCCGGGCUCGGCGUCACCCGCGGGGUCACCUCGGGUCCCUUCGUCCCCAAGGCCGACCUGACCUUCGUGAGGAUUUCCCGCGUUCCGUCACCGCCCGGCCCCGGGGACGUCGUGGCCUGCGCGGUCACCUCGGGCGGGGACAACGGCACCACCAGCGUGGCCUACUGGGUGGCUCCGGACACGGCGCUGGACGAGCAGCUGGACACGGCUCUGGCCGGAGCCGCGCUGGCCCUGGGGCUGGUCCUGGCCUUGCUGGGCCUGGGCCUGGCCCUGCUGGCCCACAGGGACCCACACGGCUGAGCUCAUCCCGGUGGGAAUCGGGGAUUUGGGAAUUUGGGAGUUAAGCCCCG